CAUUCUAAGCGAUGCCUUUCAGUUUGCUUCGGUAACUCGCCCGGUUCGGAAUUCCAUUGUUUCUUUUUGAGAAUCUUCAGUUGAGUGUUAGAACUUUGCUCGGAAUUUGUGUUAGACUGUUUAAGAAUCCGGCCUAAUCAUGGGGGCAAUGUUCCGGAGUGAGCAGAUGUCUUUGGUGCAGCUGCUCAUCCAAUCGGAAGCUGGAUACUCUUCGGUCGCCGAACUGGGAGAGCUUGGAAUCGCUCAGUUUCGAGAUCUUAACGCUGAUGUUAACGUGUUCCAACGAAAAUUUACCAGUGAAAUUCGAAGAUGCGACGAAAUGGAGCGCAAGAUCGGCUACGUCAAGCGGGAGCUAAAUAAGGAUGAGGUCCCGAUGCCGGACCUUUCGGAUAACAUUCCCCGUACUCCGAACAACCGAGAGAUCAUCGAUCUGGAGGCAGCUCUAGAGAAGACCGAAAAUGAGAUCAUGGAGCUGUCCGAGAACAGCCAUGCUCUGUUGCAAAACUUCAUGGAACUGUCCGAACUGCGAAGCGUUUUGGAGAAAAGUCAGGGCUUCUUCUCGGACAGAUCGGCGGCCCAGAACCUGGAGGGAACCGGAACGGCGGACGAGAACAAACCCCUAGGGUUCGUGGCCGGAGUGAUCCCACGUGAGCGGGUGAUUGGCUUCGAGCGAAUGUUGUGGCGCGUGUCACGUGGUAAUGUUUUCCUACGCCAGGCGCCCGCUGAUAAGCCAUUCACCGAUCCGAAAACGGGAGAUGCGGUCCAUAAAAUCGUAUUCGUUGCGUUCUUCCAGGGUGAACAGCUCAAAUCCCGAGUAAAGAAGAUUUGCAGUGGCUACCACGCUUCACUGUAUCCAUGCCCGAACGACUAUAAGGAACGGGACGAGAUGCUGCAGGGUGUGAAGACUCGCAUCGAAGAUUUGAACAUGGUCAUCAACCAAACCAAAGACCAGCGGCAGCGCGUCCUGCUCAGCGUGGCCAAGGAGCUUCCUAAGUGGGAGAUUGUUGUCAUGAAGAUCAAGGCCAUCUAUCACACGCUGAACAUGUUUAGCGUGGACGUUUCGAAAAAGUGUCUGUUUGGAGAGGCCUGGGUUCCGACGGCUAACUUGCAGGAUGUGAAGAAUGCCUUAGUUGCCGGGGCAUCUGCUGUGGGCAGCACUGUGCCAUCUUUCUUGAACGUGAUCAACACUCACGAACAUCCACCGACCUACAAUCGCACCAAUAAGUUUACCCAGGGCUUCCAGAACUUGAUCGAAUCUUACGGUAUUGCUUCAUACCGUGAGGUCAAUCCCGCUUUGUACACUAUCAUCACUUUCCCGUUCUUGUUCGCUAUUAUGUUCGGUGAUUUGGGUCACGGAUUGAUUUUGUUCCUGCUUGGAUUGUGGAUGGUCCUUUAUGAAGAGAAACUGGGAAAGAUCAAGGACGAAAUUUGGCAGCUGUUCUUUGGAGGUCGUUACAUUAUUCUUCUUAUGGGCUGUUUCUCGAUGUAUACUGGUUUCGUCUAUAAUGAUGUGUUCUCGAAACCAAUGAACAUAUUCGGUUCCUCUUGGGAGAUCCAUUACAAUACAUCAACUGUUAUGGAAAACAAAGAACUGCAGUUGAACCCGACUGAGGACUACUCGGAAACUGUUUACUGGUACGGAUUGGACCCUGUCUGGAUGUUGGCGAGCAACAAAAUUAUUUUCUUGAACUCGUUCAAAAUGAAGCUGUCUAUCAUCUUCGGUGUCGUUCACAUGAUCUUGGGUGUGUGCAUGAGUGUAAUCAACAAUCUUCAUUUCCGCAAACCUGUCAACAUCCUUUUGGACUUUGUUCCGCAAAUGUUGUUCUUGGUGCUGCUGUUCGGAUACAUGUGCUUCAUGAUGUUCUUCAAAUGGAUCCAGUAUUCAGCCACGACGGAAGUAGAUCAUCUCAAGCCUGGCUGUGCUCCAUCAGUGUUGAUUAUGUUCAUCAACAUGAUGUUGUUCAAGUCCCAAGAGCCGCUGGAAACCUGUGAGGAGUUCAUGUUCGAGGGCCAAAAAACCAUACAGAUGGUAUUCAUCUUCAUAGCCCUUAUCUGUAUUCCUUGGCUUCUGUUGGCCAAACCCAUCUACAUUAUGUGCACCGGCCAGAAAGGUGGACAUGGCGGCGAACAUGGAGAGGAAGAACCCAUGAGCGAAAUCUUCAUCCAUCAAGCUAUCCACUGUAUUGAGUACAUUCUCAGUACCAUUUCGCACACAGCUUCGUACCUUCGACUGUGGGCUCUUUCUCUGGCUCACGCUCAGCUAUCCGAAGUAUUGUACACUAUGAUUUUCCACAUCGGUACCAAGAACGACAGCUUCGUUGGUGCGGCGAUGAUCUACGUCGUCUUCUGGCCCUGGGCUGCCCUCACCAUUGGUAUUUUGGUGGGAAUGGAAGGUCUUUCCGCUUUCCUUCAUACGUUGCGUCUUCACUGGGUCGAGUUCAUGAGCAAGUUCUACGAAGGUCUGGGUCAUCCAUUCCAGCCGUUCUCCUUCAAGGCUAUGUUGGAUGCCGAUCAAGAGGAGAAAUAAAUUCAGUAAUUUUUGAACAAGAAAAAAUAGUAAUCCUUCAUUCCUUUAAAAAGUGUGAGAGUUAGAAACAUUCAGUUAAUAUUUUGCAUUGCUUUCAAUAAAGUAUGAUAUUACCAAC